AUGUAUGUAGGUUUGGCGAAUGAUUUGGUGUUUCACUACAAUCGUGGGUCAUUGGAUAGUGACGCUGUGCCAAUGGCUAUAGCUCAAAAUUUCCCAUGUCGUAGUAUCUUGGAAGAAUAUACAAGGAAUAUUGAUAUAAUGCAUGGCAGAGUAGAAGCAGUUUUCCGAAAGGCUUUUUAUUCUGUGUAUAACAGAUGCGGCUUCUUGCUGGUUGGUAUAGUAUGGUGGAUAUUCUUGUUCGGUUUUUAUGGGAUUAUUAUGCUUUUCCCACUAAUCCUUAAGUUGUUAGUGUCGCCAUUCAUUAAAGAGCGAGUUCGAAUUCGUAAGGAAGCUAUCAAUUUAUUAGCUAAAGUAUGUGAGUCGAUAAAGUUCCGCAUAGACUCCAGCAAUUACCAUCACUAUUAUACGAAUCCAAUUCUUGAAGCCACGAGACAAAAUGCAUACGAAUUUGUAGAAUUUAUUGUGUCCAACUUUCCAGAUGCAAUUUGGUGUGCCAACGAAGAUGGUCACAAUAUUAUUCAGUAUGCUGUGAUAAGUCGUUCAGAGAAGGUUUAUAACCUACUAUAUCAGAUGAGCGAACAUAAGAAUGUUUAUAGAACAAUUAAGGACCCCUAUGGAAAUAACUUGUUACAUUUGGCUGCAAGAUUGGCACCUAAUGAUAAAUUGAAUCGUAUAUCAGGGGCAGCUUUACAAAUACAACGUGAACUGCAAUGGUUUAAGGAAGUUGAAGGAUUUGUAUGUCCUCUAAACAUCAUACAAAAGAACUCUUUCGACGAAACACCUCAAAUGGUAUUUACAAGAGAACACAAGGACCUUGUGAGUGAGGGAGAAAAAUGGAUGAAGUCCACUGCAGAAUCAUACACAAUUACAGCUGCAUUAAUCACCACCAUUGUGUUUGCAGCAGCUAUUACAGUGCCUGGAGGAAACAAGGACACUGGGAUACCGACUUUUACUAACAACAUUGCAUUCAAAAUAUUUGCAAUAUCAGAUGCGAUAUCGUUAUUCACAUCAGCUACUUCGUUGUUAAUGUUUUUGUCAAUUCUCACUGCACGUUUUGCGGAACAAGACUUUCUCUUCAUGCUGCCUACAAAGUUGAUCAUUGGUUUGGCUACCUUGUUCAUUUCAACGACAGCCAUGAUAUCAGCUUUUGGUGCAACAUUGUACCUUGUAUUUGGUCAAAGCAACUCAAUGAUUCUUAUUCCAAUAGCUGUUUUGACAUGUCUACCAAUUACUUCUUUUGUAACCCUCCAGUUCCCUCUCGUCGUAGACUUGAUGAGUGCCACAUAUGGUUGUAGUAUUUUUCGUAAGCAAAAUGAUAGUAUAUUCUAUUAA